AUGAAACCCUUGUACUUUUGGCCUUGCCUUGAUUCAAAUGAAGCGGCGCUAGGUGGUAGUGGCCUUGUGGGCAAGGCCAUCCACAAGGUAGUGAAUGAGGACGACACCUCUAAAGACGAGACAUGGGUCUUCCUUUCAUCCAAAGAUGGUGAUUUGGUGGACCGGAAAGCAACCGAAGCAAUCUUCGAGAAGCACAAGCCUACGCAUGUCAUUCAUCUUGCAGCCAGAGUUGGUGGCCUCUUUCACAACAUGGCCAAGAAGGUGGAGUUCUUCCGGGAGAACAUGCUGAUCAAUGACAACGUCAUGGAGUGCUGCCGAAUCUAUCAAGUCAAGAAGUUAGUUUCUUGCCUCUCCACCUGCAUCUUUCCCGAUAAGACCACCUAUCCCAUUGACGAGACCAUGCUGCACAACGGAGCUCCUCAUAGCUCCAACCUGGGCUACUCCAUCGCCAAGCGCCUCGUGGACUCGAUGAACCACUGCUACCAUGAGCAGUAUGGGUGUCAGUUUACAUCGUUGAUCCCGACCAAUGUGUAUGGUCCGCACGACAACUUCAAUGUUCAAGAUGGCCACGUAAUACCUGGCCUCAUUCACAAAUGCUAUUUGGCGAAGCAAAAGGGUGAAGACAUGGUCCUUUGGGGUUCAGGCACCCCAAUGAGGCAAUUUAUAUUUUCAGAAGAUUUAGCGAGGCUCAUCGUUUGGGUGCUUCGUGAGUACAAGGAGAUCGAGCCCAUUAUCCUUAGUGUGGGUGAGGAAGAUGAGGUUUCCAUCAGUGACGUUGCCAAGAUGAUUUGCAGCGCGAUGGACUUCAAGGGACAGUUGAUCAAUGACACCACCAAAGCAGACGGGCAAUUCAAGAAGACUGCAUCAAAUAAGAAGCUCAGGACCUACAAGCCAGACUUCAAGUUCACUCCGAUACAGGAAGGAAUCAAGCAGGCAGUGGACUGGUUUGUUGAGAACUACAGCGUUGCCCGCAAAUGA